AUGUCUGAAUCAACCAUUGUUCUCAUCACUGGUGCCAAUCAAGGCAUUGGGUAUGCAACGACAAAGACCAUUGCAUUCCAGCCAGGCUAUCAUGUAAUAAUGGCCUGCCGAAAUCUUUCCAAGGGACAUGAGGCAUGUUCCCAGCUUGAAGCUACCGCCAUGAAAGGAGCACUUUCUGUUGUCCAACUGGAUGUUGAAAAUGAUACCUCAAUCUCCAAGGCUGUCGAAAGCGUUUCGAACAAGUUUGGCCGAAUCGAUGUUUUUAUCAGUAAUGCAGGCUCACUUUCCACAGAUGCUUCCGGACGGGAUAAAAUCGGGAAAAUAUUCUCAACGAACGUCUUCGGCGCGAUGCUUGCUACAGAAGCUUUCAUUCCCCUUCUGCUGAAGUCCAAACAGCCAUAUCUCAUUCAAAUCUCAAGUGCACUGGGCUCGCUAGCACUUGCAUCCGAUCCGAAGAACGUGAAAAGCGCCGAGACGUGGGAUGAAUACCGGAUGAGCAAGGCUGCAUUGAAUAUGAUGACCAUUCAAAUGCACAAACGACUCAAAGACCAGACUGUCCGCGUUUUUGCGUUUUGCCCGGGACUUGUGCGAUCGAACCUGAGGGGUGCCUCUGAAGACGCGGUGACUGCUCAAGGUAAUGCCGGCGAUCCCAUGGUAUCAGCGAACGCACUGUUGGAGAUUAUAGAGGGACAGAGGGAUGAGGAUGUCGGCAAAUUUGUUCACAAAGACGGAUGUUACCCCUGGUAG